GCUUUAUUCUUUGUUCUAAGCUGAGAUCUCAUCACAAAAGUUUGUACUAUAGUGGGCUGACGGGUCAUUAAACAAUCGAGGCCGCCCUGCUUCUAUUCUCUACCUUUUUACUAGGGUCGCAAAGUUGGACCUCACGUGCUCUUGCUUGGCUUGUGUGCACGUUUAGAUCUGCCGGCAAAGUGCCAGUGAAUGAAAAAAAGGAACAGCCAAGAAGCAUCAUGAGCGAGGCCUCCAACAACACGGGCGGCUCGGACUGUGCCGCAAACCAAUCCGGCGCAGCAGCAAGGGCAUCAAGACCGCCUAAAAAACUUCAUAAUUUUGGAAAGAGAUCAAAUUCUAUCAGGAGGAAUCCCAGCGCUCCCGUUAUAAAGAGGGACUGGCUCUAUAAGCAGGACAGCACCGGGAUGAAGCUGUGGAAAAAGAGGUGGUUUGUGCUGUCAGACUUGUGUCUCUUCUAUUACAGAGAUGAAAAAGAGGAAGGGAUACUUGGCAGCAUCCUGCUUCCAAGCUUUCAUAUAUCCAUGCUGUCCGUUGAUGAUCACAUCACCAGAAAGUACGCCUUCAAGGCAACACAUCCCAACAUGCGAACAUACUACUUUUGCACGGACACAGCCAAAGACAUGGAGUCCUGGAUGAAAGUGAUGACGGAUGCCGCGCUUGUGCAUUCCGACCCUGUCAAAAGGUUGGACAAACUAAAAGUGGAACAGUGUGGCCCUCAGGAGGUCAAUCACGUGGCCAAUCACAAGCCACCGUUAACACAGCCCGAAAUUGAGAACAACGAGCGCAACCGCGAGGGGGACCGCGAGCAUAUGCCGGAAGAGGACAGGAAGCAGCGAGAUGCCGAGCGCUAUGGCUUCCAGAAAGAUGGCGCCGACCCCAAUCGCCCCCUCACCAAGAUCAACAGUAUCAAAAUGCAGCCAGCCCAAGCACCAGCGAUCACAGUCAAGCUCGCAAUGCCACGCAGCCCGACAGAGAUUGAUGGCUCACACCAGAGCCCCCAAGUCAACGGAGCUGGUGAACCCAGGCCAGCUGACUACACUGGAGUUCCCCCUCAACGAAGUCCAAACUACGAGCCGGAACGGACUUUGAGUAGGACAAGCUCGAUGCAGCAACUGGAGCAGUGGGUUCGCACGCAAAGAGGACGCGCCCCGGAUGAUGACACCAGGAGCAUCGCGUCGUACCAGACACUCCCUAGAAAAAUGCCAAAUCAUCGGAUGCCCCAUGUGCCUCAUUAUGGCGACGGUUACCGCAGCAUGCCCAGAAAUAGCAUGGCGCAGCGGGACAGCAUCUGCAGCAUGUCGCCGUCGUUGUACGACCAAACCUUGGGGCCCGCGAUGGCUGACAAGUGCCGCUCCGUGCGCUCGGACACAAUGUGGCAGCUAUACGAGUGGCAGCAACGACAGGCCUACGCCAGACCGCCGGGGAUGUAUGGCCACAUGGCCAGCCCCAAAACCAUGAUCAACCUUUCAGAGCAUGCUGCGCCGACCUACUCCAUCCCACCUUCGCCUUCCCACGGUUCGCUGUCAAUGUAUGGCGGUUACUCUCAACCGCGAUCAUACAACAUGAGCAGUGCCCGGUCUGACAUCGCUUCCCCCAUCUACCAAAGGGAGAUGAGUAUGGACAGGCGGCACAGGCACCAAAUCCCGAAGUAUGCCUAUCCACCUGAUAGGAGGUCAAUGCCUGUAGGAAUUCCAGUCCAGACGAUCACUGCUCAGUCUCUCCAAGGCAAAAGUCCUGAGGAACUGACUUUGCUUCUGAUAAAGCUGCGUCGGCAGCAGGCAGAGCUAAACAGUGUCCGGGAGCACACUCUCGCACAGCUUACGCAACUUAACAUGGAUGGCGACAACCCAAAGAACGAUGCUCUGUCCCAUCAUCUCCAAAGGACUCUAAUGUAUUUGGACAAUCAGAUGAAGGAAAAUGACCCUUUAAUCGUCAUGACUCACACUUUGAUUGAGAACUCGGCCCCGAGGCCUCAACUUUACCAGCAACUAAGUCCAGAAGACCCUAAAGAACACACCUACAUGCCAGAAGAGGGGGACAUUGAUACCAAACUUAGCCGAUUGUGUGAGCAGGAUAAGGUGGUGAGGACACACGAGGACAACCUUCAACAGCUGUACAGAGAAAAGCAUACUUUGGAGACAGCGCUGCUGUCGGCCAGCCAGGAGAUAGAAUUGGGCUCAGACGACCCGGCUGCCAUGCAGAGUGUCAUCCAACAGAGAGACUUACUGCAGAGCGGCUUGCUCAGCACCUGCAGAGAGCUCACCCGGGUCACAACUGAGUUGGAGCGGUCAUGGCGCGAGUAUGACCACUUAGAAGGAGCUGUCAUUCUUGCAAAAAGCAACCUGCUGGAGCAUCUCGAAGCACUGGGAAGCCCACAGACUGAACCUCCCAGCCAGCAGCACGUGCGCAUCCAGAAAGAGCUGUGGCGGAUCCAAGAUGUAAUGGAGGUCCUCAAUAAACAUAAAGAGCAGAGGAACACUGAUGGCUCCAUGACCUUGUAUGGGCCCAACCUCGGCAUGCAGAAAACAGAGGAGGACUCUGUACCCCCACGGCCACCUUUGCCCCAGUCAUAUGAGCCCAAUCCCCCCGCAAUUCCCCCUCAUGCCGGAGUUCGCUCAGCAUCCCUCCACAGGCCAGAAGACAGGAAGACCAAUCAGAAGAAUGGCACACACAGCGGGCCAGACUACCGACUGUACAAGAGUGAACCAGAGCUCACCACGGUAGCUGAAGUGGAUGAGAACAAUGGAGAGGACAGGACUGAACACCCACCUGACCAUCCCGCAAACAAAGGGUUGUCCUACCCAGUAGGCAUUGUUCCACCUAGAACCAAAUCCCCAGUGCCUGAAUCAUCCUCCAUCGCCUCAUAUGUUACUCUAAGGAAGAGUAAGAAGCCUGACUCCAGAAUGGAGCGUCCUCACAGCGCCAUGGAGCAUCAGCUGGGUGCGCUGGAGAGCGGUCGGCCCAGGAUGAGCGUGGAGGAGCAGCUGGAGAGGAUUCGUCGCCACCAGCAGGGUGCCCUCAGGGAGAAGAAAAAGGGCGUUCGCAUUCGCGGUAGCAGCGAGGAGAACGUGCUGUCCCGCAACAAUUCGUUUACUAAGGACAACCAUUCACGCAAUGUGCAGCCUCAAAUGAGGCGCAGAGAAGAUGUGAUGAGCACAGACAUCCUGGAGCUCGAGGCCUCGCUCAGGCAGCAAGAGGUGGUGAGGGAGCAGGAGACGCCCGCCGAGGAAAUCGCACGUCUCAAAGAGGCCUCAAAUUCAGACCGCUUUAAUGUGGUUCGGGAAUUGUCUGUGCCUGACAAAGUGCUGAUACCUGAACGCUAUGUGGAGUCGGACCCGGAGGAGGCGCUUAGCCCGGAGCAGGAGGCUGACAAGCAGAGGAAAGUUGACCGCAUCAAAGCUCUCAUAGCCAAAAACAGCAUGCAGAAUACGAUGCCUACUGUAGCGUUAAGCCCAGUGGAGAUAGAGGAGGAGAUUACCAUCCAAGAGAAAGAGAAGAUGAUCAAUAUGUCUUACGAGCUUGCAGCAGAGGCCUCCAAACGUAGCAAGCUGGUGGCAGUGAAAAGCCCGUCGCCAUCUUCCCCAACCCUCCCGCCAUCUCCUAACACCCCACCUCAGCUCGCUGACGGUUCUCACUUCAUGUGUGUGUAGUAGCACCACACAAGCUCUGGCAUCAGUCAAAACAUACACAUGAAGGAAAUAACGGUGGACACGUUCCCAUGGCCACGCGCAAUCUUAAACUGAUGUGUGUGUGUGUGUGUGUGUGUGUGUGUGUGUGUGUGUGUGUGUGUGUGUGUGUGUGCGUGCGUGCUAUAAUUGUGACAUCUGAAGCACCCUUAUGUGACCACCACGAUAACAUUUCAAUUCUUUGGUACUCACACUUUGCUUUGUUGUUCUGAACCUUGGAAAGUUUUUACCCUUUUGUAAAAUUAUUUAUAGAGUUUAACAGGCAUUUGUCACUCUUUUGGUUGAUCUGUUAUUAUUUAAGCAUUUACUGGGGAAACGUUUUUUUGUUGUUGUUUGUUUUUUUAAGGGGAGCGUAUAAAAAAUACAAAAUGAAGGGAAGCCCCACUUUGGUACUUCUGACUAAUGCGAUUCAUUUUUCUCACAAGUUGUAAUUAUUUAAAAUGACAGCCUGCAGUCCGUGUUAAAAUACUGACAACUUCGUGUCUGAAUGUUAUGGUCUAAGUCUCUCAAGACUUUUCUUGUUUCUUUGUAAUUGCUGAGAGUUAUAUUUAAAGAGAGAUUUUUCAAAAAUCUACGUUUGAUUCUAUUUUAUAACGUAGGUUUUUGUAGGCCUAGAACUAAAAGAAGAUAUUAGCACGUUAAAAAGCAAUAAUUAACCCAAAAGUUUGUGGAUACUGGUUUAAUAUUUCUCAGUUGUACAAAGUGUAAUUAAGAGGCUGAAUAUGUAUAUAAUGAUCUUGGUACAGCAGGAUGGGAGCAUGUAUCCAACAUGUGAUUACAGACUAGAUUUAAUUGACAAAUGUUCAUAUCCCAUCUGUUUUAUAUCAUAAAAUAAAUGUUUUUCUUCUUAAAAAA